AUGUGAAGAAGAUAAACACCUGGAAAUUGUGGUGAAGAAAGAAAAAUGAUGGCAAAUGAAUUAUAUGAGAAUACGUUUCCAUCUAAGUCAAAGUUUAGAAGUAUUGAAUUUUCUAGAGAUAUCAAUGAAGAGAAACAUAAAACAUCAUCUGACUGUAGUCAAUCAUUCUGUCAGACUGGUGAAUUGAGAAAACACAAACAAAGUCACACAGGAGAGAAGCCAUACGACUGUGAAAUCUGUGAUAAAUCAUUCUCUCAAACUGGUCACUUAACAAGACAUAAACGUAUUCAUACAGGUGAGAAGCUAUAUCACUGUGACAUCUGUGGUAAAUCAUUCUCUAGAAGUGAUCACGUAACAGCACAUAAACGUAUUCAUACAGGUGAAAAGCCACAUGACUGUAACGUCUGCGGUAAAACUUUCUCUAGAAAUAUUGAAUUAAGUAAACACCUGCGACGUCACACAGGAGAGAAGCCAUAUCACUGUGACAUCUGUGGAAAAUCA